UAUAAGAGAAACUUGAUCAAGAAAUCAGAUAAUUUCUCUAAAACCCAUUUCUAAAGUCAUCCACUUUGAAACUCAACUCCAUAGCCGCCAUGGAUGGUGGAGCAGCAGCCGUAGUUGACGUGGGUGCUGGGGCAAGGAAGAGAGAAAGACCAUUCAAAGGGAUAAGGAUGAGGAAAUGGGGCAAAUGGGUUGCCGAGAUUCGUGAACCUAACAAGCGUUCAAGGCUAUGGCUCGGCUCUUACUCUACUCCUGAAGCUGCGGCUCGUGCGUACGACACGGCCGUGUUUUACCUCAGAGGACCAACCGCUAGGCUCAACUUCCCGGAGCUUCUGCCGUGUAUCGAAAAUUCCGCCGCCGAGGACAUGUCGGCCGCGACGAUCAGGAGAAAGGCAACGGAGGUUGGAGCUCAGGUGGACGCUAUCGGGACGACGGUGGUACAGAACAACAAACGCCGCCGCGUUUUUAGUCAAAAGGGAGACUUUGGCGGCGGGUUACUCAUGAAGCUAGUUGACUUGAACAAGUUACCCGAGCCGGAACAUCACGAUGACAAUUUGGUGGUAAAUUAAAAUUCUUACAAGUUACAGCUGAGCUUGUGUUAUAUGAAACGUGGGUAUUAAAAGAUUCCUCUGUUUCGUCAUUGUAUCUAAAUUUCAUCCGGCAAGACAAAACUCUGUACAUUAUUCUUAAUUUUAGUAGUUAGUUAUGAGUUUCUUGUUAAUAUCUUAUCAAUUGUUUGGUAAACACCAGAUUAUUAUUGUAA